AUGGUGGACUGCACUAAGGAGGCUGCGAUGGAGGUGUUAGGGGUCUUGAAAGGUUACGCUGGCGGCCACAAAGGAGACUGGUGGUGGAACGAGGAGGUUCAAAGGAAAGUAGAAGCGAAGAAAGGGGCAUAUUUGAAGCUAGUAGAGAUCACGGACAAGGAGGAGAAGAUGACCAUCAGAGAAGGGUAUAAGAAGGAGGCGAAGCUGGCGAUCACGGAGGCUAAGACUGUAGCAUUUUCCCAUUUGUAUGAAGAACUGAUGGAUAAAGGCGGGGUCAUAAAGUUGUUUCAGGUAGCUAAGAUGAGAGAGAGGAAGACUCGUGAUCUGGACCAAGUGAGGUACAUCAAAGACGAGGAGGUCAGAGUUUUAAUGGAAGAGGCACAGAUCAAGAGAACGUGGCAGACCUACUUCCAUGGACUCUUGAAUGACGAGGGGGGUAGGAACAUUGUGCUGGGAAAUAAGGAGCACUCCAUGAGUCGUAGUGAUUUUAGGGGUAUCAAGUUGCUUAGUCACACUAUGAAAAUCUGGGAGAGGGUGGUGAAAGAGAGGGUUAGGAGGACUGUAUCUAUUUCCGAGAGCCAGUUCGGUUUCAUGCCGGGACGUUCGACUACGGAAGCCAUCCAUCUUGUUUGGAGGUUUGAGAUCCUUAGGCCAUGGAACGAUGUCCUCUGA